AUGGUCAUGUUUGGGAAGUCGGUCUACACCAAAACAGAGCCUGAGUACAGAAUCAGUCCUGCAAAGAAUGGUCUAUAUACCUGUGAAGGUCUUCAGAAAACAAAUGGCUUAAAACACUCCCAGACAAGUAAUGCUAUACAAUUGACCGUGUUAGAUAAACCCCAAGCUGUCCUGAGUGUCUCUCCUCAGUGGCUGAACCCUGGAGACUCAGUUACUCUGAGCUGUGGGGUUAAAGAGUCAUCUACAGGCUGGAGGUUCUUCUGGUACCGAACUGUUCCCUACACAGCUGGGUUACUGUCCCUAUCGGACACGUCCUACUCUGUAGAGCCUCUAUCUGGCAAUGGGACUAGUGAAGACUCCUACACUCUGAUCCCUGCUGGUCCUAGUCACACAGGAGGAUAUGUGUGUAGAGCUGGGAGAGGAGACCAAGUCUAUGACACACUCUACAGUGAACCUCAGUUUCUCUGGUCAGGAGAUCCGCAACCAUCAGUGUCUCUCAAAAUAAGACCUAACAGAACUCAACACUUUACAUCAACGUCUCUCUCACUAAGCUGUGAGGAGAAGAGGAACUCUACUGGAUGGAGACUGAAGAGAUACAGAGUGAAAGCAGUGGAGUCAGGGUGUGGCUCUAACUGGGGAUCAAGAGCAGGGUCCACAUGUACCAUCAGGUUCACAUGUAAAAAGGACAGUGGAGUGUACUGGUGUGAGUCUGGAUCAGGAGAGUACAGUAAUGCUGUCAACAUCACAGUGGAUGUUGGCCCUCUGAUCCUGGAGAGCCCUGCCUAUCCAAUAACUGAGGGAGAAUCUAUGACUCUCAGCUGUACAAAUAGAUAUCAGGAAACAAACCCGAACCCCAAGGUUGAUUUCUACAAAGAUGGAAUAUUCAUCAGGAAUGAGACCACAUUAGAGAUGACCAUCUCUGCAGUUCCAUAGUCAGAUGAAGGCUUCUAUAAGUGUAAAUCUAAUGAAGGAGAAUCACCAGAGAGCUGGGUGACAGUGAGAGGUGAAAAAAACUAUUAUAAUCACAUGACCUUUUCAUAAUAUCUGUGGUCAUCAGU